AUGCCACCAAAAAGAACAGCUUUCAUACCCGCUGGGUGUAUGCCGGUCAAGAGAGCAGAGAUAAAAAUAGAUUCAGAAUGGUUCUUAGACGAACUUCGAGAAUGGAGAUCCUUCGGCUCGUCAUCGAAAGAAAUAGGCGAAGCAGACUUAGACGAUGACGAACCCUUCCUCCCCGAUAACUUGGAAAUUGCUUUGACUCAAAUAGGGACACUCCGAUCAUGUAUCAAACUUUUCCGAGCAUCCUGGGCAAAACUCCAAUUUAGCAUUCAGAACAACGAUUCCGAUAAUGGCAUUCUUAGAGUCUAUCUUCUGCCUGAUGAUGUCCUACGUUGCACGGUGGACCGUUCAAAUCCUUCUCUAUUGAAGGCAAGAAACACUGUCCUUGGACAAUUGAACUACUCACAAGAAGCCUGGGCUGGAAAUCCAAACGCAAUAUGGUUGGACAAGCCACUCCUCCACGAAGCUGUUGUCCAGAAUGAUGAUUUGAACGAGGGCAUGUCUCUGUUGCAACUUUUCAACAAAAUCCCGUCACCUACGCCUAGAAUCAGCAGCAUCGAGGAAACUUACUCAAAGUCUGCCAUGUGCGAUCUUUUGGACGGCCAAGUUCCAGGCUUGAAGUCGGAGCUGUACCCGUAUCAGCGAAGGUCGUCGGCCAUGAUGCUGCAAAAAGAGGUACAACCCGAGCAAGUGCUUGACCCGCGUCUACUUCGCGUGAAAGAUCAAGAGGGGGGAUCAUGGUACAUUGAUACUGUAGCUGGUACAGUGCUUAGGGAGCCACGAUACUAUGAUGGCGUCUGCGGCGGCAUCCUUGCUGAAGAGAUGGGCUCUGGAAAGACUAUCAUUUGUCUCGCGCUCAUUCUUGCAACAAAAGGACUGCCUACUCAACCACCUGAAUACGUUUGUGCUGAAAAAGCCCCGAUCAGGAAGCGUCUGGCCUCGUUGGCUGAAAUGGCUGCGUCUUGUGCCACAAGGAAUGCAGUUCCGUGGCAACCCUAUUUCGACCUUUACAAGGCACAGUCAGGAGACGAGUAUGAGAGAUGCAUCGAAGCACUAGAAAGAAACCCAGGGUACUACUCUAUUCAGUCAUCUGAAAACCGACGAACUACGAGAUUUUGUACCGGAAUUCAGUCCAAAAAGAAGCGGCUCUACCUCAGUAAUGGGAGUAUCGUGGUUGUGCCCCCAAACUUAUUGGUGCAGUGGAAGCAGGAGAUCAGCAAGCAUACUGAUGGCCUGGAGGUUCUCGUUGUGACCCGGGAUCAGCCACUGCCUAAACCCGAAGACUUGUUGAAAUUUGAUCUCAUCCUCUUCACCCAAUCGAGGCUGGAGGCUUUGCUGCGACAUGAGGGUGGAGUUGAACAAUCUCCGCUGUCUAAGGUCCAUUUCAAGCGAUGCAUCGUUGAUGAAGGACACAAGCUUGGGCAUUCGAGGAUGAGCAGCAAGAGCAAUAUGCUUCUCGUUCUAGAUGCUUUGCAUUUCUCUGCGCGAUGGAUCGUGACAGGAACUCCAUCUCAAGGCUUGUAUGGAGUCGACAUGCAGGCAAAAACACGACUAUCUGUAGCACAACCUGAAAAGGGUGGUUCAAUGCCGAUUAGCAACGCAACCAGAAACUCUAUCCUAGAAAUGGAAAAAAGAGAUCUGGAAAGGAUUGGUAUUAUGGCAGCACUCUACCUGAGAGCCCGGCCAUGGGCGAACACGACCCUGGACGUUGGUGAUACCAUGGCGGACUGGGCCACUUACCUGCUACUUCCGAAACACAAAAAGAAUAGUGGAGGCCGUUGGGAUUGCUUGAGAUCAACCCUCAACUCUCUCAUCAUCAGACAUCAGAUCACAGAAGUUAAUAGUCUCUUCCCAGCGGUCAACGAGAAGCUCGUUGUAUUGGAAGGUUCAUACCAGGACCAGAUGUCCCUCAACAUCUUCUCCAUGAUGAUCAUCUUCAACUCAGUGCAGUCCCAACGAACUGAUAUGGAUUACUUUUUUCACAACAAACAGCGAAAGGCUCUCCUUCAGAUUGUGCACAACUUGAAGCAGGCGAGCUUCUUUGGAGGAUCUUUCUAUUCUCAGCAAGAUAUAGAAAAAGCUGUCAAGACCGCUGAAGAUUUCCUUGUAGAGAAAAAAGUACCUAUCAGUGACCAAGAUCGAGAACUCCUUGAGCAAGCGAUUGAGUUUGGGCAUGUUGUUUCCAGCAACAAGGUCAAGGCUCUUAGCAAUGCAUUUCAUGAGAUGCCGCUCAGCGUCCACGGUUUACCCCACAAUGUCAGCGCAUCUUGGUCGCUCGACCGUGAAGCAGGGGAACACAUAUGCAGCUCAUCAACCAUGUUGGUGACACUGCAGAAACUCAUUUAUAAAUCAGCAUCAAAACCCGAGGAGCUCAAUUCUCUAUUGAAUGGCCGAUUGAUUCAAGAAGGGAUCGAUUCAAGAAUGCGUAUGCUCGCAUCAGAUGAGACAACAAACAGCUCGCAAAUCUUAGCCGGGAAUACGACACUGGGAGAUGACAAACACCGAAUCACGAAUGCUCAUGGCGUCAGUGAUGUGAAAGCAGAAGUCGAAGCUACCGCUGAUGGUGCACUUGGGCCGUUGGAAACAGUUAAGAUUAUAUCCACGGUGUCAGCCAAACUUUCGUACCUGAUUGAUGGCGUUCUCAAGUAUCAGGAAGAUGAGAAGAUACUUAUCUUCUAUGAAAACGACAAUAUCGCAUGGUAUCUAGCCGGUGUGCUGGAAGUUCUUCAAGUACAACAUCUAAUAUAUGCCAAAGGAUUGACCGUACAGAGAAGAUCACAAUACGUCAACACUUUCAAUCACAAUGAUGAUUUCAGUAUAGAGGAGGUUAUCUUAGAACGCAAAGAACACAUGACGCAGGCUGAACACCGCCGAGUUCAAUCCAUUCUGGAUGAUGGCCCAAUUUACGACUGGGUCAAGAAUACCCGGAUCACACCAUUGCCGGGGGGCGAGUUCAGUAAAGAGGAUCAGAUGGCACCUCUAGAUACACCGCAAUACGUUUUUAGGCGAGGAUUUGGAAGGACUAUACAUCCUGAUGAAGGCUUGGUACUGGACGAGACUCCAAGAUCUGAUGGGAGAGUGCUGAGGUCUCUCGAGAUGGCGAAUAUGAAGAAACGAAACACACAGUUUGAUGCAGUCACAGUUGGUCGAGAUCAGGGUCAACACAUAGACUCGUCAUCCAACAUAAGGGAUCUUGCCGCGCGGCCAGCGAAGAGAGUGCGGUUCGGAUGA